GCCCACCCACCUCAGGGCAGCGCCGCUUUCUCAAUGCCAACGAUAGCCAUACCUAUCUUCAAUCACGAGCAUAUUACUUUCACCUGCACUCCCGAGAAGCACUCUCAGCUCUUCUUGGCUGCAAGCAAGACAAACCCGCAAUCCACAACCCAAACCUUUGGUCAGGGGCAGUUGUGCAAGCCAGAUCAAACCCUCGUUCAUCACCAAUGUACGAAAACCAAGAUACCUUGAACGGCACUUUUACAAAUCAUCACCACCGCAACAAAUGCCCACCGAUAGAGCUCUCCGAGUCAAGCUUGCUAAACGCACUGUGGAAUCGAAGCAUAACCGCGAACCUGAAUGGGAUCUCCAUGGGGCGACGCAUGGUGUAAAUACUUGGAAGUUUCAGCCGCCGGCUGGAGAGCUCUAGAGAUUCGAAUUCCGCUUUUGAUAUCCGACGCUGGCCCAAUCACUUCUGCUCGAGACAUGAAAGUCCUUUUGGGUUUGGAAUCACCACCUCCCAUUAUGAGCGGCACAUUGAGCUCCAUCUCGAAUAUAUGGGAGGCUCAAGACGAAAGUGAGGAUUCUGGUUGCAGUACGUGCGAGGUACAAGUAUGCAUGCUUCUUUUGGAAGACAUGCAGCUCCUGAAGGACCUCACAGAGCACAACAAAGGGGUCUUAUGUUGUUUUAAUGUUGCCUCAGACAACAGAUUGGCAGGCACAUCCGAAACCCGAAGUAAAGCAAACACGCAGACUUCUCAAGGUCGAAAAGGUCUUGAACCAGCCGAAUGGCAGCCAUCCAGAUGGUUCAUCCCGCCCUCUUUCUGUCUGGCAUGCUGGAAACCACGACACACCAAAGCGGUGGGAACCACCUCGACGCCAUGUUCCUAUUCUCAUAUCCGAUGACGGUCCAAUUACAUCGGCUAAGCAGUUGCGGUCGUGGGUACGCGGGAUGGAGUCAAAGGCCACCACGGUCGAGGUAGUGAAGAAGCGAUACCAUAUUCAGGAGACUGGCGAUGAAACUGAGCUUGAUAGAGUACAAGUCUGUCUCCUCACCCAAAGAGACAUGGAUAAACUUGGCACCGUCGUUGUAUGCAGAGAGACGGUGGACGACGGCGUUUGACUUGAUGGCGCGAUCUGCCCCUUGGUGAUAGUGAAGGGAAGAGAGGAGGAGGUCGAAUAAGUAGCACCAAGGUAAGAAGCGACCUUAAAGCCAUGCAGCAGUUCCCGGGGAGUAGUUGUGGUUAAUUUGGAUGUGAUCUGUGUCCUACCUCUGCGGAAAGUUGUCUUAGUAUACCUACCCGCACAAACGAGGUUGGCAGCGAGUAUCAGACAUGAUGGAAAUGACGAUUCCCAAGAGCAGUGAAAGGAAAACGGAGGAAGGCGGUUUGCUGCGACCCAGACAGAGCGCGAUAGGCUGACAUAUACUGACUGGAACGCCUUAGAUACGGAUACGCGUAUAGCACUUCCGCGCGUCGAAGCAUUCAAUGGUGCAGGGGGCUGCGCCCCUUUUUAUGCCCCUUACCCUCUCAGGUUGAGCACGACACCAAAUGAGCUGCGUCCAAGCAAGCAUUCACCAUGCGGCUGCAUCCGCAAUCCAACGUCUGCAGUGGAACUUUUUGCUAGAUCCCGAGCUGUCGGUAAACAUCAAACCACCGGAAAGGGAUCUCCUUUGAUGGACCUACCCGAUAAAGUGGUCCCGUACCCUGGUAGCUUACCCACGUCCCUAUACGCGUAUAGCGGCGGAACAUGCCGAGCAGCGACACCACUACUUGAGAGCCGCCCAACCUGGUAAUGUCUUGUCGGCUAUCGAAUCUGCGCCUUGAGGGUGGAUAUGACGGAGGUUGUUUUGCAUUGGAUCUGGGAAUACGUGGACACGUAAUCCACAGGUUGGUUGGUUUCCUUCCUGCGAAGGCUGCCGAACCCUUGUACGAGUGAGGCAUGGACGGAACCUGAGAAUAUAUACGCUGGUCCACUCGACCUGUGUCUUUUCCCUUUUCCCCAUAUCCAAACAAACCGUUAGCUUUUCAGAGCAUCCAUCGCCUGUUGUUACCUAGAUACCCACUCUUCUCAGGUGCCGGACUCGACUCCUCAUAGUUCCCAUCCAGCUCUCUCUCUCAGCCACUCUACCUGAAGCAUGGCCGAUGCAGGGGAACUUCCAGAGUACAGACUCUACGACUACGAUCCCAACCUACCCGCCAAUGUUGUGUUCACCGUCCUGUUUUCGAUCGUCACCAUCGGUCAGUUCUACUUUUUGAUCCGCAAGCGAACAUGGUACUUUCUCGCUUUUGCGAUUGCCUGUCUGUUCGAAGCAGUAGGCUAUGCCGCGCGUUGCGUUGCCGUUAAAGAAGCUCCGAACUUCACACUCACCCCGUUCCUGAUACAAACCCUACUCAUCUUGCUCGCCCCAGCGCUGAUGGCAGCGUCUAUCUACAUGGUGCUCGGGAGGUUGAUCAGACUUCUAGGCGCACAGGAGUACGCAAUUGUGCGGACAAACUGGCUGACCAAGAUAUUUGUUGUGGGGGACGUGUUGAGCUUCAUGACGCAGAGCGCUGGUGGAGGAUUGAUGGCCCAAGCCAAGACGCCGGAUGCCAUGAAGCAAGCUGAAGGGAUUGUGCUCGGUGGCCUUGCGAUUCAGAUUGUGUUCUUCGGCAUGUUCAUCGUCACGACGAUCAUAUUCCACAGAAGAAUUUUGAAGCGUCCAACCGAGAGAAGCCUCAGGGUGGAAGGGCCGUGGCGGCAACUGAUUCUGGCGCUGUACAUCAGCUCGGUCUUGAUCAUGGUCAGGUCAAUUUUCAGGAUGAUUGAGUUCGGGGCGGGAAAACAAAGCAUCCUGAUGCAAAAGGAAGUUUUCUUGCUGGCCCUGGAUGGAGUGCUGAUGUUCUUGGUCGGAGUGGUAUUUCUAUGGAAGUUUCCGGGGGAUGUUUUGGUGGGGUAUAAGGAGGUGUGGCAGACGACAGAUGAAGAGACGCUGGGGAGUCGCGGAGAGGGGAUUCCCAUGGUGGCUGGAGGUAAAACCGCAUAUCAAGGGGUACGGAGCGGAGAACACGGGAGGUACUCCACCUCAGUCCGGUAAAAAGACCGGAAGACACGUGUUGGCAGAGACAUUUGUUCGGGCAACGGGACUAGAAGGACAAGAAGCCUAUGGCGUUAGAAGAGAGGUUGGGUUUAUCAGUUUUGCAUGUUUUUGGUAGAAGAGUCUCUAAAUUAGUGUCAUGA